GCGAUACUCAGAGGUUAGCCCCUUACAGUGUCGUCCGUCCCGGGGUGCGCCCUCAGUGAGGCUAGGAGUCGGCCAGUGUGUCCCAGUGACGUAGACAUGUCUCCUGAGUACGGAGUAGUAGCUAGUGAAGUGAGUAGUGUCGGUGAGUAGAGGAUCGAUCGUCGCAGUACGCAGGUGCGAGUAUAGCCGCGGCCGGGCCUAGUGAGGAGUGAGUGUGGGGACCGCGAGCGUGUGUGAGACAUGAUAGGGGGGACCUCGGGAGUCCAGGAACAAUGUCCAGAGACCCUUACGGGGGAGCGCCGCUGAGUGCGGGAGGCAACAGAUCUCCGAGGAGUGCGAGACGGCUGGGGGAGCUUCCCACGGUAGACAGGUCGCCGUCGAGGAACUACCCGUCAGCGAUCAGUCGAGGCAGUCCGGUCGGUAGGAAGGGGCGAGGGAGUUCGCCGGAGCAUGUUCCCUACCAGUCGAUGAGUUCCCCGUAUUACCGGGAGGAGGAAGCGCAGAGUCCAGUCAUGAUGGAGGACCGGGGACGUGCCGGGGGGCACCACAGGAGUCGUAGUGCGACGAGGCCCGCGAACAACCCUAUGUCGGUGAGGUACCAGUCUCUGGACAGGACGGGGGCAGAGCCCGUCGACCGGGAGUUCAUGCCGAUCCGCGAGCCUAGAGAGCGGUCGUUGGAACGAACCUCCGCCAGAGAUCGUUCCCUGGAUAGACAGAUGUACCUGGAGGACGAUCUGUACACGCGGUCGGCACGUCAGUCCCCCAACACCCACGCUCCAGGGGGAUCCUACAUAGGGGAGUUGCAACACCAGAACACGGAUCUGCAGAGGGAACUGGGUAACCUGAAGAAGGAGUUGGAACUGACCAACCAGAAGCUCGGCUCUAGCAUGCACAGCAUCAAGACCUUCUGGAGCCCGGAGCUGAAGAAGGAGCGAGCUUUGCGUAAGGAGGAGUCUGCCAAGUAUAGCCUCAUCAACGACCAGCUCAAACUGCUCAACUCUGAGAAUCAGAAACAAGCGAUGUUGGUACGACAGCUGGAGGAAGAGCUGCGGUUAAGGAUGCGGGGGCCGAGCCUGGAGAUGCAGCAGCAGAUGGAAGUAUUGUUUGCUGAGAACGAACAUCUGACAAGGGAAAUUGCCAUACUCAGGGAGACCAUCAAGGAAUUGGAGUUAAGAAUUGAAACUCAGAAGCAAACUUUACAAGCAAGAGAUGAAAGUAUAAAGAAACUUUUAGAAAUGCUACAGAGUAAAGGAGUCGGUGGUAAAAUGGUAGAAGAUGAACGAGUUAAGAAGGAGUUAGAAGCGAGACUAGUCGAGAGUGAAAACAUGAUACGCCACUAUGAAUCUGUUGUGAGGAAUCGAGACCAGGAACUCAAUAUUACCAAACGAGAAUUAAAAGCGACAAACGAAACCCUUAGAGCCCUGCAGAUGCAGUUAGAGAAAGCGUUCCAGAAUCAAAAUUCGGGUGGGCCGACAAACAGUACUUUGACGGCCAUUUUGGAGACAAAAGACGCUCGGAUCGCAACAUUGGAGAAGGAAGUGAAGCUGUUGGAGCAGGAGUUGGAUCGGAUGAGGGAGCAGUUCGGAGCGCGAGACCUGUACCUCCCCUCUCCUCUGUUAGACUCCCUUCCCCCCCACUCUCAGCUGGGCUUUAAGCAUCAAUUGGACGAGUUCCGAGCGGAGAUCCAGAGGCGAGACCAGGAGAUUCUAGCGAUGAGUGCGAAAAUGAAGACCCUUGAGGAGCAACAUCAGGACUAUCAGAGACACAUCGCUGUGCUGAAGGAAUCCUUGUGUGCGAAGGAGGAGCAUUACAACAUGCUUCAGGCUGACGUUGAAGAACUUCGCCAAAGGUUAGAAGAAAAAAAUCGGCAUAUCGAAAAAAAGACUCAGCAAGCAAUGCAAGCAACCCAAGAUCGCAACCGAUUGAACAGCGAGUUGAGUGAAAUUAAGGACCACAUGGACAUAAAGGAUCGGAAAAUAAACGUUCUGCAAAGAAAGAUCGAGAACUUAGAAGAUCUAUUGAAAGAGAAAGACAACCAAGUGGAUAUGGCAAGAGCAAGACUUACAGCAAUGCAGGCGCAUCACUGCUCUAGCGAGGGAGCCUUGUCGAGCCUGGAAGAAGCGAUCGGUGACAAAGAGAAACAGAUGAACCAGCUGAGAGAACAACGAGACCGAGCAGAGCAAGAAAGACAAGAAGAGAGAGAACUGCACGAGCGAGAGAUCGCCGAGUACAAAUUAAAACUACAUGCCUUAGAGAGUGAAGUUGAAAAACUGAACGCUCGCUUAGAAAGAGCUCAAGCGGAGAAAGACCGAUUAGAAGCGAGACUAGAAAGUUCACAGUCGGAGCUCGGCAAGUCUAAAGCGGAAUUGGACAAAGCGACAAGCGAAGUAGGCCGAAGUGGGGCUGACUGGGAAGCGGCCAAACAGAGAUUAGCAAGAUUGGAGCUGGAAAACGAAAGACUGAAACACGAUUUGGAACGGUCUCAAACAACUUUUGGCCGCAGCACGUUGACGACGAGUCAAGAACUCGAUAGGUAUCAGGAGAGAGCUGACAAGGCUCAAGCUGAAUUGAGAAGGGCUCAGGCUGAGUUGAGAGUUACUCAGGCGGACGCUGAGCGAGCAAGAGGCGAGGCGGCGUCGUUGCAGGAGAAGGUGGAAAAGUCUCAAGGCGAAAUAUACAGACUGAAGGCAAAACUGGAGAACGCUCAGGGCGAACAAGACAGUCUGAGGGAGGAGUACGACCGAGCACAGUCUGCCAUCAGUCGGAUGCAUGUGGAGAGAGACAAAGCCACCUCGGAGCUUGAGAAGGCGAGGGAGGAGUUGGAACGGACCCAGGCUACUCUUGGGAAGGCUCAAUUGCAACAAGAGAAACUGCAGAACUUGCUGGACAAGGCUCAGGGAGAAGUUGACAAGCUGCAGGAGAGGCUGGACAAGUCUACAGGCGAGAUCAGGCGGAUGCAAGUUGAGAAAGAGAAGCAAAACUAUGACUUUGAAAAUAUCCAAUCUCAGCUGGAUAAGGCCCUUGGUCAAGCUACUCGAUUGCAGAAGGAGAAGGAAACGGUUCAACUGGAAGCAGACCGGUUGCGAGACAAGUUUGAGAAGACUCAGCUCCUGACAGCUCGUCUGCAGAAAGAGCGAGAUCAGUUUCAGGAAGAGUGUGAGAAGUUGUCAGAGAGGAUGGAGCUGAUGCAGAGUCAGCUGGCGAAGGCGCAAAGAGAUCGAGAGAACAUGCACACCGAGACGGAAGUGUUUAGGGAACGUUGGGAGAAGGCGCAGCAAAACCAGCAGAAACUACAGAUGGAGAGGGAUGAUAUAAUAACUGAAGUUGAUAUUCUAAAAGAAAAGCUAGAUAAAUGCCAGACAAUGCUUUCAAAGGCUUUAGAAGACAAAGAAACAUCACACAAGGAGUUUGAACGUAUGUUAGAGAAAUAUGACAGAUGCCAAGGUGAAAUCUAUCGUUUGCAAAACAAACUCGAGGCAGCAGAAACAGAAAAAGAUAGAAUCGAAAUGGAAGUUGAGAAAUCACAGUUGUUAAGCACAAAAGCAAGAGAGGAACAAAGAAAGUUGCAAGAAGAAAUGGCGAGAUUACAAGAAAUGUACGACAGAGCUGUACUGCAGCUUGGUAGAACCAAGGAGAAUGAAGAUAAAUUCAAAGAAGACAUGGAUAGAGUUAUGGUUGACUUGGAUAUGAUGAGAGAACGUUAUGACAAGUCCCAGAUAGAACUGAGACGUGUUCAAGGAGAGAGGGAUAAACUACAAGCAGAUGCUGACAGACAGUCUUUUGAACUAGAGAGAGCUCAUGCCAUGUACAGUAAGGCACAAGCUGCCCAAGAGAAAGCUCAGGAAGAGUUGGCAAGACUUUCGAUAGAGCUCGAAAAGGUUUAUGACAAACAAGAUAAGAUGCAAUCAGAAAUGAGGAAAGCUCAGUUGGAAGCUGAUAGAUAUCGAUCUGAAGCAGAAGCUCUGAAGGAAGAAGCAGAGAGGCACGCUGCCAGAGCCGGGAAAUACCAGGACUCUCAGGAACGAAACAAAGAGGAACUGGAACGACUACGAGAGGCAGCAGACCUCCUGAGAGGUAAAUAUCAACACGAACAGGAGAGAAGUGAGAGACUGGCUCAAGCUAACGAAAAAAUUGAGAACAGGAUGACGGAAAUGCAGUUAGAACUUGAGAUCAGUCGUAGUGAAAUAGGUAAAUAUGUAGAAGCACAAGAAAAACACCACAUGGAGGUAGAGCGCUUGCACAUUGAGUGUGAGAAGGUUAGAGAUAGGCAAGAAAAACUGCAGAUAGAGAAUGACAGACUAAGGUCAGACUUGGCUGGUAGAGGAGGUUCAGACAUGGAAUUGGAGAGACUAAGAGACAGGUUAGAUAAGACUCAGCAGGCUCGAGACAAAGCGGAAGUAGAAAUAGGCAAACUCUCUCGUGACAUUGAGAGACUUCAGGUUGAAAACGAGAGAUUGCUCUCUGAUUACAGCGGUAGAGGUGCUGCUGGGGACGCCGAAGUGGAAAGGCUACGGCAUAAAGUGGAAAUAUUACAGGAAAAUCAGGAAAGGUUAGAGCUAGAAAACAAUAGACUGAUAAGAGAAUUAGAAAAGUCACAGCAACAUUUAGGAAAGUAUCAAGAAAACAAUGAGGUUACCAGGAUAGAAUUUGAUAGAAUGAGUGCUGACAUUUCCAAAUUGCAUGAAAGGCUAGAAAAAGCUCAAGCAGAAAAUCGUAAGUAUUCAGAAGAAAAGUUACAGUUAGAGAAAGAAAUACAACAGACCAGAAGAGCACUUGAGCAAGCCCAAAGUUCCAGGCAAGAUAUAGAUAUUAGGAUAAGAGAAGAGAUGGCUAAGAUACAACAGGAGCAAACUCACGCGAUUCGUGAAAAAGAUAAGAUGGCUUCAAUCUUAGAAAAGAGGGAGCAGCAAGCUGAAAAAUUGGAACAACAAUUUGCUAAGCUAGAAGCUGAAAGAAACCAGUUGACUCUUGAACGGGACCAGCUGGUACUACAGUUAGAAAAAUCUCAAAAUAUGCUAGUGACAUUCCAGCGAGAAUUGCAAGACACAGAAGCCCAUCUCGAGAGAGAAAAGGAUGAAAAUGUAAAAUUAAAGAGUGAAAUCCGUAGAUUGUUAGCAAAAGAAGCAGGCAAAGAAGGUAUGGAUAAGGAACUCAAUAAGAUGCAACAGGCGAUCACUUCCAAAGAGCAGGAGGUGGUAAAACUUCAGCACGAAUUGCAAAACAAAGACAGAGAAUUGGCAAAACUGCAACAGCAACUGCAACAACACCAGCAACAGCUGCAACAAAUCAGCAGCAUGCAAGAAACUGAGAGUGAGCAAUGGAGAAAAGCCAUCGAGACCGAACGCAAAAGAGCUGACGAGCUGCAGAAACAACUGCAGUCGAUGCAACAAGCACAGAACGGAACCAAAGAUGAAACAGCAAAAAGAAAUCAAGCUCUUGAGAAACAAAAUCAAACUCUUGAAAAACAGUUGCAAGCGCUACAAGCGGAGGCUAGGGAAACUAUUGAAGCACUUCAAAAGAGAGUUCAGAUGUUGGAGAGAGAGCUUCAGAAUCAACAAACCGGAGUCUCUGGAGCCAAGGAAGACGUUCAGAGGUUGUUGAAUGAGUUGGAUAGGGCUCAGGCUGAACUGAAGAGUGCAGCAGUUGAGAGGGAAAGGUUCCAAGCCCAACUGGAGAUGCUUUGUCAAGAGUUGGAGAAGAACCAGCUGGAACUUCACGCAGCAAACCAGAAACUCGCAGCUGGCACAGCGAAAGCUGGCGAAGAAAGUAGUGUUUUGAAGAAACAAGUAGAAGAACAGAAAAGACAGUUAGAAGAACAGAGAAGAAAGAUAGAAGAGCACAGGAAAGGACUAGACACUAAAGUAAAACAAGUAGAAGAAAAGGAGAAGUCAUUAGCGGACUACGAAAUGAAACUCAAAAAGAGAAAAGAAAAUCUUGACCAGAGAGAAGCACAAUUGCAGAAGGGAGGCCCUCAGGCAGGCGGUGGAACUGAAGCUAUGCAGAAACUAGAAGUGGAAGCUGAAGUCCUUCGCCAGGAACUGGAGAAAUCUCGAGACGAGAUAAAGAGAUCACAAGAGGAAAUGGAGAGAUUGUUACAACUGGUACAGAUGAGUCAGGAGGAGCACAACCAAAAGGACAAGGCAAUCAGUGAUCUACAACAAGCUUUAAAGACUGCACAAGCCAAGUUAAGAAGCCAACAAACUGCCAAUGCACAAAGAGAACAAGCACGGAAAGCAGAAGAAAAUGGCAACACUCCUCUGGAUGGUUGGGAGAACGGAGUGGACGAGGUCGAGGAACUGUUGAGUGUGGUGCGACUCAAGGAGGACCGCAUCGAGGAACUCGAGGAGGCUUUGAGGGAGAGUGUGAGAAUCACUGCGGAUAGAGAGAGAGGGCUACAGCAGGAGGAGCUGAGGCGCAAGGAGAUCAUGGAAAAGGUAGGCAAGCUGGAGCAGAGGCUGUUAUCGCUACAGACGGCUCACGCUCUGCGAUGCAGCAACUGCAGACCGUUGUUGACCAGACUGCAGCAGUUAGAGCGAAGACUGACUCAGCUACUGGACGAACGAGCAGAACAUCUGCAGGAUCUCACUCAGAUGAAGCAGGAAGCUCUUGAGGCAGCUAUUAGUGAGAAAGACGCUCACCUUGCGCUACUAGAAGUGUCAGGUCUGCGUACUGCGCGACACGCGCAGGAGGCAGAGCAGCUGCGCGCAGACCGCACUCGACUGAUGGAGAGGCUGAAACAAGAGACUGAACAUAGCAUGCGUUUGAUGCAAGAGUACGCACCCCCUCCCCCUCUCAACACUUCGGGAGGAGAACUUAGUCUCUCCCAGUCUUCUCUCUCUUCCCUCCAAGCUCUCUCUCAGAUUGAUCAAGAACAGCUGGACAAUGAAGAUAGAACAGGAUCAGAAUCGAGCGUUUGACAGAGAAGCUCCCCUCGUCACGUUAGAACAUGAAGGAAGGUUGUAAUCAUUCUGUGAUCUCAGGGACUGUUUGACCACUAUUUAUUUCCAACUACGUUAGCAGUGCAUCGAUUAGUUGAAUUUGAUACGCACAACACAAGCUUGUCCGUUGGUUUCUGCUCUCCGUCGGUUUUAUCGACCACUGCCUUCUACUGUGCAUCUACGUUAGCUUAGUCGAUGUGCGGUUCGCUACUUCUCCGAUGUACAUUGAUACUGUUAAUAUAUACAUAGUGAGUGUCUAAUUCAUUCCUUCGGAAGUGAUUCGGUGAGGACACAGUGUGCUACCGACAGAUCUAAACAUAAAAGACAGCUUUCCGAGCAAUAACUGCAAGCAACUUACCAAAUAGUAUUCUAAACGUUGGUCUUUAGCGUGUCGUUAGCGUAUUGUGGUGUCAACAUCGUGACAAUAACGUUAGGCGGAAGCCUAAAACUGCGUCCCUGUUGUACAGUGCCGAUCUUGUGAUUUCCGUCAGUUUUCCGACUUAACCUUGUUUGCAAAAGCUGUUUGAUGUAAUGGGGCCAACAGUAGCAUUUGGCGAGUCACACCUUUUUGACAGUGGUUUUUUUAUGAUUCAAGUGCCUAAUGGAUAUGGUCAUGUUUGGUAAAAUGAAUUUAAUUUUGAUCGAUUGUAAUUGGAGAAUGUUUGUUGGAACAGUUAUACUUUCGGAUAAAGUUUUAUCUCAAGAUGGACUGAGAAUACUUUAAAAUUGUAAAGGUACAGUACUAUGAGGACUUAUUUGAAGAGUAAAAUAUGUUAUUUUUUAAAGAUUUCAAUAGAUUUCAGAAUGAGCUUCUAAGCCUUUAGAAAUCUAUAAUUGUGUAAAACAACUUAAAGAAUGAAAACAAUGUGAAAUUUUUGUACACAAUCCAUAUAUAAAUCAAAAUCAGUUUAACGUUGGUAAAUACAGAGAAAUAUCUUCUUAACUAUAAUAUCCUUGCCCACAGCUAUCCUGAAAACUCGCACUAGAUUUCAAAGGUUGACACUAAAAUUAUUUCAUUGUAAAUAAGAUGGUCCAUAAAAUUCUUAGUUCUUAAACAAAACUUGCAUUUAACCUCCAAUCCACCAUUAUAAUGUGUUUUGUCAAACUAAAUAUCUAAUUGUCAAAUACAUAGAACUCCAUACUGUUUCUGGGCAUAGUUCAAAACUUUAAGACUUAAUCGUGUAUAAAUUGAAAACACCAAAACUCAAUAACCCCUGUAAUAUUCAAAGUGUAUAGUGUUUUCUUGCAGAUGGACCCAGGGUAAAUUCAGAGUACAAAAUCCAUAACAUAUUUGUAAAUAUUUUGACUGUUUACGAUUCCCACAAGGGCUGUUAACUAAUUGUAAAUAUUUGUAACUUUGGUUUUAAUAUUUUUCCCAGAGGAUAUUUUUUUCCAUGACCAUACUCAUUAAGUUACACUUUCAAGGUAUCGUUCGAGCUACAUUUGUAAAUCCAGCAUUUUGUAUCGUUGUUACAGCUUUUAAAGUUUUAAUUAGUACAAUAGCUGAUUAUUGAAAACCAGAAUUAAUUAAGUUGAAAACCGAUCUGUAUCGACAAAAUAGAAUUACAAAUAAAAAUCUGCCAUAUUGUUUAUGGCUUGUGUAGCUAUGGGUGUUACGGUUAUAAAUAUGUAUAAUUGUUAAUGAUAUAAUGUUAGUUAAAAGUUAUCUGUACAAAAUCAAUUAUUGAAGAUCUAGUUGUAUAGAUACAGAAGUGGCGCACAGAAUUGUAAAUUUGUCUCUAAAGUUUUAAGCUUUCAUAGCCUGAGAGGAAGUAAGUUGAUUCUUUUUCAGAAAAUUAUUUAGCUUAGCUUUAAAAAUGCUUACAGUAUAUAAUUGAUAUGAAUAUCGAAAUGUUUACAAACUUAAUAAUGUAAUAUGUUUCCAUUGGUGAUGGUGUUUCUCGCAAAGAUGUAAUUAGGCUAUCUAAAAGUGAAAAUCAUUAUACAAUCUAUAUAAAAUCCAUCCUCCUAAUUUUGUGUCAGCCAUUAUAUUUUAAAUUUAUUUUCUCCAAUAAAAAAAAAACUGAGUUUUAAUUUUUUUUCAAAAGGUUUAAGUGGAGGGACAUACCAUAUGCCAGCCAUACAAUUCUUUGGAUUCAUGUAUAUAAAUGAUUCUGUUCUGUAUCAAUAUGUCAACCUAAUUUGAAAAGUUAUCUAUUUAGUCUAUUUACCAUUAACUGAACUAUUCAAGCUUAAUUACUUAGCCAAACCAUUAAUUAAACGGUUAAUUGAACCGUUUAGUUGGAUAACCUACUCAGUUUUUCACCGAACAAAAACAAAAAAAAAUUUGCAAGACUUUUGAACAUAUGAACUCACAUCUAGAACCGCCAUAAUCAAUAAUUCAUAUUGCCUUAAUAAAUACAUUUCUGAAAAAUCUGGUUUGAAAUUUGUUAAUAUCAGCAAAGAGUUCUUUAUAUCAAAACAAAUAGAUUUUUUUGCAUUUUACACCAGUAAUUCUAAAUCAGGUUGUUCAGAAAUGUAAUGCAGUGUUAUGAUUUCAAAAGCUUUCUUACUAACCCCUUAAUGAAAUUAUCCUAAUAAACCAAAGAAACCUAUCUCUCUCUCUCUCUUUGUCUAUGGCUACUCUAUUCUAAUGUCUGUUUGGCCUAUUGUGUUCACAGGGCGUAUUACUACACUACUAUCGAGUCAGUGUUCUAACCGAUCAUUAGUAAUUAUGUAAAGCCUGAAUUAUUCUAGGGAAAAUUUACGAUAUUCUUUCGUUUGAAAUUGUUACAAACAUUGUAUAGGUUUACUAAGCUGUUAUGUACGAUUGGUUGUUCGAAUCUAUCACGAUUGUUUCAACUCCCAUAUCAUAUCUCAACGGUUAUCAUUUACCCAUCAUCGUUACCAAUUGUUAAACUUAAUGUUACAUGGUAGGACUAAUCGAGUUAAAUUAUGAUUUAAUUCGGAUGAUAAUUAAUUUAACUGAAAACAAAAUUGGAUUAGGUGUAAGAUUUAUUUGCAUUGAAUUUCUUAUGAGUUCUAAACCGAAUAUAUCAAAUUGUGAUACAAAUUGCAUCCGAUAUUUUUGUAACUGUUUGUUUGGUCUUGUCUAUUGUUUAUUAGUACUUGUAUUUCCUUAGAGCAACCUCAUAAGGCUGUUUUAUUUUCAUUAUUUAUAAAGACACAUCAAUGUUUUGUUGAUAAAAUAGAAAUAAAUAAUUCAU